AGUAAUUCAUCGUUCCGCUGGAAGAACCCCAGGAUCACGAGCUGGCAGGCAUAAGUCCCGCAGUCCAGCUCCGAUGGUACCAACCAGGUCAGGCAAACGGCACUCACGCAGUCCCGAUCCUGCCACAUCUGAGGACCGAUCAGUGAAGCAACGCCGAAGCGUCGUAGGAAAAGCCAAAGAUGCAUCAGCAGCAUCAAAGUCGGACAAGGACGCCGUUGUCGGUCGAACAUCCAAGCAAACAAUAAAAGAUGUCAAGCUUUUGUUACUUGAUAUAGGUCAGACAUGUUGUGGCCAGGGCGUGGGUAUUCAGACUGUCGGGGGCAUGAAGUGGCUAACAUUUGGAUCGUUGUAUCAGAGGGCACCAUAUGCCCAAUCACUUUUGUCAAAAACACCCUGUUCCCAUACGCUCUGCAGGCACUUCCGGAUAUCCUCAGGACGAAAUGGGACGAUCCGGGCUUCGUCAAGUAUCGCGACGCGUUCCCCGAAACAGCUCGGUCAUCGCCCGAGGCGUUCGAGGCGCACGUCAAGGACCUCAGCGAGAGAGACGUCAAGAUUGCCUACUUGAAAAACCUCCAAGGCUACCUAUGGGAGGAAGGCUACAAGAACCACGUCUAUUCGACUCCGAUAUAUCCAGAUGUUCUGGCGGCCUUUGAUUCAUGGUCAUCUGCAUCAUCGGCGGACGCAGCUCGUAAGGAAAUUGCCAUCUACAGCAGCGGCUCGAUCUUUGCGCAGAAACUAUUGUUUCAACACAUCAAGGAUCCAGCAAUCCCCGACGACCCCAAAGCCAUACUUGACCGCCGCGAUAUCAUAAAAGCCUGGUUCGAUACGACAAAUGCUGGGCUUAAACAUGAAGCGGGCAGUUACGCGAAAAUUGCCGAGGCACUGGAACAGGAUCAAUCGGAUAUUUUGUUCCUCAGUGAUAACGUCAAGGAAGUACGGGCUGCACUCGAAGCGAGUAUGAAAGCCGUAGUAGUGGACAGACCUGGGAAUACACCACUGUCGGAAGAGGAUAGGAAGGGUCUGGAUAUCAUAGAAAGCUUCGAAUAUCUCGAUUUCUCAUAGCUUUACUCAAGUGAGCAUAGAAUACUGCAGGCAUGUUGGACUAUCUGCAGAUUGAAAUAUCCUUGAAGCGCC